AUGUACGGGCACUCGAGGGAGGGGGGAGAUGAGGGUAUAAUUAGAAUGUCUUCGCGAUGCCCAUUGCUAGAGCUGCUGCAGCAGUUACUUUCACAAGCAAGUGGCAGCACCAGGAGCAGCAGCAGCAGCAGCAACCGCAGCAGCAGCAACAACUGCAGCAGCUGCACAAACGGUCGCAGCAGCAGCAGCAACUCACAGAACAACCCCACCGCCCUGAGGCCCCCCCACCAGUGGAUGUCUGUAGGCAAAUGGCGGGGCAGGGAGAAGCCUAGAGAAUACAAAAAGGGCUUUCGAUCUGCUGCAGUUGCAGCAGCAGUAGCAACAACAACAACAAUAGUGAGAGCAACAGCAGCAAGGGGAGCAUCGCUGCAGCAGCUGCAGCAGCAGCAAGAGAAGCAAGCAGACCCAGGAGGCCCCCCACCCGCAGGGGAAUGGACUACUGUACCGCUCGUGUAA